CAAAAAUAAAUAAAAACAUACGUCGCACGGGCACGCCCCUUAAGUUAUGAAUAUGCAAACGAUUAUGAUUAUGCUCCUCAAUCUUAACAAAAUAAUAAAAAGUUGUGACCGUCCUGUUGUCAAGACAAACUAUCAGAUUAUGGAAACCAAUGCGGGUAUGUGCAGUUGUUAUCCCGAUGCACCACGAGCAGAUGCCCUCUGCAGCAGUUUAUUUUGUAAGGACAUACUAGCUAUUAUCUAAUCCUAAAAUGCCAUUUGAUGUGAAUUGGAAUGUUGAUAAAUAUAGAGAAGAUCAUGAAAGUGAUAAACACUGGUCGUUGAGAAAAGCAUUUAUGGAGCGAUGGAAAUAUUUUUAUCCCGAGGAAAGACUUGUUUGUUUGGCCCGAAUUUUUACCAACAUCGGGUUUCUCGGGUGCAAAUAUCCAGUGGAGGUCAUGCAAGAGGUUUCUGGCUUAUCAAAAGAGGUCACUCAAAAUUAUCAAGCACGGCUGCAGAAUGUCCAAACAACAUUUAAAUCAGAUGAAAUAGUUGAUAAAAAUGUCCAAACAGGAGAUAGGUCUAUCAAGAAUUCAAAUCAAUCUUUGAAUAUCUUACAAGAUGAGACUCCUUUCCUGACCUCACCGGCAACUUCCAGGGUGCUCCAACCGACGUCCCAGACAGGCGAGUCUUCCAAGAGGGUUCGACCCCGCAUGGGAGGUGCUGCUAGGAAGAGGUUUAAGAAGCUGAUUGCUAGCGUAGGAGUCGAAGAGGCCCGCGCUCUAUGCAGUAAGCCAUGGAACCUAAUCCUAAAGGAAAUGCCUAUCACAGAGCUGGAAGCGCUGAAGCGUGUUCGCUGUGAAGAGGACUCUCCAGAGUUACAACCUCGCAAGAUAAGCAGGUUGACUCCGCGGCCUGAGCAGACAGGCACCAUUAAGACAAUUAACAAGGACAGCAUAGGUUCCACUCGAAUAGGGAUCCGUAACUCGGACGUUAUGAGUGUAGAGCAGAUGAAGCUAGUCCACCGAGCCUUAAUCCAGGCUAUUGCUAAGAUCACCACUAAGGGUGCUGGGCCUAAGUUUCUGAACUUCUCACACAGGCCAGGCUGGAUUUUGGUCACAUGCGCUGAUCAAAAAAGUCAAGACUGGUUUGUGAGAGAGGUUUCAAACUUAAAGCCGUGGCCGGAGGCGCAGCUCUCCAUCAUGGACGAGCAUGAACUUCCAAAGCCUCAAACGGUCACGACCUUCAUACCAGAGAGCGAAGCCUCUAGUGUAGAGGAAGCGCUCCGCUUACUGCGGGCACAAAAUAAGGGACUCAAUACUGAGCUCUGGAAGGUACUACAUGACAGGGUCGAGACAGGAGGUCGAGUGACGACCUUCAACGUUGACGACCCUUCUGCUGAAGCCCUGAAAGCUGCGGAUUCGAAAGCAAGCAUUGGUUUCAAGAGGGUCAGCUUUAAAUUUAAGAGUGAACCCACCAACACUCUUGCACCCUCUAUGGAACAUGGAAAAUGUAGGGAUACAUAACACACCGGGUACCUUCGGAGUUGGUACUCCGCCAACAGUUCCACCCCCAACAGAGGCUCUCAAUGCUCCAAGUAAAUCUGGAAUUGGAGUCCAUGCCCUCUCUGUCAGGGCUGGACCUACAACUAAAGAACCAAUUAAGGCUAAAUCGCAGGCCCGACGUCCUCGUGGUGAGGACGUCGGCCUGUAAAAAGCCUUAACAAUGGUAUCCAAGGGUGAACCGGUGAGCAAUUUUUUCUCCAAGCUAACCUCCACCAUGCCGCAGCUGCUACUGCAGUAAUGGAGAGCUGUCUUGGAGAGAAGGUACAGCAGACCUCGUGCUCAUUCAAGAACCUUGGUUGCCGGCACCUCUUAGGAGACAAUGCUGCUGGUAAGGCGUUAUCUUACGACUAUGACGUAAUUUUUAUGAUGACUGAUUUUUAAUAAAAACAUUGAGUUCUUGCUAGUUACAGAGUUAUGCACCGACGACUUAGUAAAAGCAUAUGUAAAUCUCGAAAGGUGGACUGGGUUUAGAGUAAUAACUUGCUCAGCCGAUCUACCUGGAGAGCACAGUGACCCUACCAAUGUCAUCAGGCCUGUGAUUGAACAAGCGAAAAACAUAAGGCGGAACUACUGGUGCGGUGCGAUGCCACUUCGCGUGGGAGAGCUCAAACAUCAACGAUAUAGUCAUCGUCAUCAUUCGUCAGAUGAAAUUUAUUUAUUUAUUUAUUAGAAUUUCAAUUUUACACUAACAUUACAGGGUGAUCCUAAUGCGCUAGUGUAGUUGUCCAUAAAAAUAAUUAUAUAUAAUAUGUCAAAUUAAUAGGUACAACUUAAAAGCUUAGUCAUAUAGAUUAUUAUAGGUACCUACUAGUCACACAAUAAUAAUAAUAAGUAGAUAUUAGUCACACAAUGUCAAAUGUCAAAACCAGUUGAAAUACAAUCGAAAGAACUAAAUUGUAAUAAACAUAAUAUGAUAAAAAUAAAAAUUUACAAGUCAAUAUUUUGUCUUAAUAUUUUAAUAAUUUCUAUAAUACAAGAGGCCGCCUUUGUGAACUCAGAGUACAUGUGAAGAGAUCGACACGUUCUGAUACGGCAUUAAGAGUGCACAGCGCUUGGGUAAGCGGCGCGUCGCGCAGUAGGUUGGUACGCGCGCACGGCGUCACAAGCCGCCGCUCUGCUCUGUUGUCCGGCACGUAUAGUCGAAGCUGUUCUAGGGUGGCUGGGUCGUCCUUCUUACCUUGCAAUACCGUGGGAAGGUAUUUGGCAUGCGCAACUUCCCUUCUUGUUUCCAAUUUGCAGUAUCCCACCAUACCCAGGACGAACAAAGUUGGAUACAGCAACGGAUAACCAGGAUACACCCCAUACAACUUCAAAUAUAAAUAUCUUGCAAAUCUAUUUUGAAUUUUUUCUAUCAUCUGCUUAUAUUUCAUUUCACUCGGUCCCAUAUAACCGAAUCAUGCUCUAAGUGACUCUUCACCAGAGCUUCAUAUAGGGCACGCACGGCAUUGAGAUAUUGAGGUUAGUUAUGCAACUGCAACAAAUUUAACGUUACGAGAUAAGUCCAUCGAUCUGUUCGCCGACAAUAUAAUUUUUUUAAAGAUAUUUGAAUUAAUUAAAACACUCCAUCCUGCAGCGUUAGAUGUCACAUAGAAUUAUAGAAAACAUACGAAGACUUGUUAUCUUCUACCUCUUAUUAUAGAAAUUCAACCUUUUAACUUUAUUAUGUGUUUAAUUAUACAAAUUUUAAACUUU